UGGUUCCCGCUCCCAUAAUAUGGGCAUUCGAAGCCUUAAGGACAAUGGAGGGACCGGGAACCGGACCAGUCCCUAUACUAACUGCAGGAAAACCGUGAAACACUUCCUGGUUUUUACGCUAGCACUUUAAUAUCAAUCAUGCCUAAAAUUAAACAUUGCCUAACGUACAAAUAAAAACAUAUUUUGCAUUCGCAGUGUGUUUUGUAAAUUUGAAGUCUUAUUAAUCUCCACACAUAAAAUAAAAGGGCUAAGCUGCAGUGUGCCACAGUGCCUGGACUUUCAAGCGGUGCACAAGUUGAGCUAAUGAGAAGAGCUACAACUUUCAAGACAAGAAGAAAGUAGGCGUACAUGCACAUGUACCUGGAGUGAGCAAAACUCUGUUUGACUCUGAUCUCUUCGUAGACUUCGAUGGCUUCACAGAUAGUGCCUUCACUUGAUGAGCUUGGGUUGCUCAAGACCAAACUAGAUGCAACUGGCGCAAUGAUCAUUGAGGCUGGUGACUUCAACUGGGAUAGCAGUAGACAUCUCGGACAAGGUACAAAUGGAACAGUGUAUUGUAUGACAUGGAAUCGAAAAGGCCAUGGGGAUGUCCAAGUUGCUGCCAAGAAAACCACCAAAGUCGAUCCAAAUGAAAUAGAAGUUCUGAUGCAGCUGAAGCACCCUAAUGUCAUUGGUUAUUAUGGUGUGGUCUUCAAGGAGCCCUCUCUCUUUAUUAUAAUGGAGUAUGCCCCACUUGGCUCCUUAGACAAAUUUCUAGGUGACCAGGCCGGGAACAUGCUGCCAUUGAAUCAGAUUCUUCAGUGGUGUACCAACUUGGCUCUUGCAGUGCAGUACUUGCACGACAAGGACUUGGUGCAUCGGGACAUUAAGGCGAGUAACUGCCUCAUCUGUCAGGAUGGGGAACUGAAGCUUUGUGACUUCCAUGAUGCCAGACAGCUAGAGACAACUGCUAGCACCGAGCACCGAGGAUCUUGGCCCUGGAUGGCACCCGAGGUCAUGUCCCAGAGGAAGUUUUCCAAAAAAUCGGACAUCUACUCUCUGGCCGUGGUUUUUUGGCAGAUCUUCACGCGCCAGGUGCCAUUUGCAGAUCAGCAGACCGGGAUGCAGAUUGUGUGGCUUGUGUGCGAGUAUAAGAAGCGACCGUCAAUUCCCCAGGGUUGCCCAGAUGCAUUUGCAGCUCUUUUGAGCGAUGGUUGGAAGGAGGAAUGGAGCGAAAGGCCUGACAUAUCUCAGAUACUUGAAAGAUUAAGCAGCAUGGCCCCAUGAAUCUGAAAGCAAACAAAACCCAUACACACAACCACGGAUGUUUAUGGUGUGAAUUGAGGACUUCCUAGUGUUCCUCAUCAUCGAUCUUUUGGCUUUGUUUAGGGUGUCAAUCGAGGACACACAUGUGAAAUAUCCUUGUGUAAUUGAGGACAGGAGUCAAAUCGAGGACGUCCUCGAUUAGAAAACGUGUACAAAACCAAUGGGAGCCGUUGCAAAAAAAUUAGAGUAUGAGCACCCACGUUUGUUGAGGGUGUACAUCGAGGAGUUUCUAUUGUUCCUCUUCCCUUUUCCUUUGUUUAUCCCUUAACGUUUCUGCAACAGCUCUCACUGGUAUUGUACACGUUUUCUAACCGAGUAGUCCUCGAUUUGGUUCCUGUCCUCGAUGUUGCACGUUUGUGUCCACGAUUUUAAUUACACCAUAAACAAACACACAAUACUAAUUAAUAAAAAAACAACAACAACAACAACAAAACAAACAAACAAACAAAACAAGUUUUGGAUUAGGAAUUCCUCACAACCGUUCUUGUACUUUUUUGUAGUCAGGGCUUUCCUUGGUUUUGGGGAGUGUGAGGUGGUACCCAAAAUCAAUGGCGGACUUAAAACUGCGCACUCGCGUAUUUCAGCUUAUAAAUAUGCUUGCAAAAUAUAGUUGCAUGUACACACAAAAGCUUGCUAAAUAUCAGAUGUUUCUUUUGUUUGGUAGAGAGUGGAAAACACUUGUUUUAAUACAGAAACAAGUUCUAAGUGACAAAAAGUCCACUCUUAACACAAAAUACAGUACCGUUACUUGUUUGCAUUUAUUGCUUGUUAUUGCAAUUGUCGUUCGUGAGGUAGUAUUUACGGUGAAAACCCCCAGAGAUUCGCUGCAUUUUUGCGAGGUGGGUCACCUCGCAAUUGCAUAAUUGACAGGAAAACACUAUUGGAGUAUAGUAAAACCUUCUCUUGUUUGUAACAAUUUAUACAAAUGAAAACAAAUAAAUAAUUUUUGUACAAAUGAAAUUGCAUAAUUGAC